AUGAACAUCACUAACUGUAGCACAGAAGCCAGUGUGGCUGUGAAACCCAAGACUGUCACUGAGAAGCUGCUAGUUUCUAUGACUCUAGCCAUCAUUGCUGCACUGACUAUGUUGUUGAACUUGGCUGUGAUCAUGGCCAUCUGCACUACCAAGAAGCUCCACCAGCCUGCCAACUACCUUAUCUGUUCUCUGGCUGUGACAGACCUUCUGGUGGCUGUGCUGGUGAUGCCCUUGAGCAUCAUGUACAUUGUAAUGGACAACUGGAAGCUAGGAUAUUUCAUCUGUGAGGUGUGGCUUAGUGUGGACAUGACCUGCUGUACCUGCUCCAUCCUCCAUCUUUGUGUGAUUGCCCUGGACAGAUACUGGGCCAUUACCAAUGCUAUUGAGUAUGCCAGAAAAAGAACUGCCAAAAGGGCUAGUUUAAUGGUCCUCACUAUCUGGACCAUUUCUAUCUUUAUAUCCAUGCCCCCUCUUUUCUGGAGGAGCCACCACCAACACAGCCCACCCCCAAAGCAGUGCACUAUACAGCAUGACCAUGUAAUCUACACCAUUUACUCCACUUUUGGAGCAUUCUAUAUCCCUUUGACAUUGAUACUUAUUCUCUAUUACCGAAUUUACCAUGCAGCAAAGAACCUUUACCAGAAAAGGGGUUCCAGGCGGCACUUAAGCAACAGAAGCCUAGAGAGCCAAAAUUCUUUUGCAAGCCGUAAACUUACACAGACAUUUUGUGUGUCUGACUUCUCCAACUCGGAUCCCACCACAAAAUUUGAAAAGAUUCACACUUCUAUCAGAAUCUCUCCCUUCGACAAUGAUCUUGAUCAUCCAGGGGAACACCAACAAAUUUCUAGUGCCAGGGAACGCAAAGCAGCACGCAUUCUGGGACUGAUUUUGGGUGCAUUCAUUUUGUCAUGGCUACCAUUUUUCAUCAAAGAAUUGAUCGUUGGCCUGAGUAUCUAUACCGUUUCCUCCGAAGUGGCUGAUUUUUUGACAUGGCUUGGUUAUAUAAAUUCUCUGAUUAACCCUCUACUCUACACUAGUUUUAAUGAAGAUUUUAAGCUGGCUUUUAAAAAGCUCAUCAGAUGCCGAGAGCAUACAUAG